UAAUUUCAACUCAACCCCCCCGCCCCCCCUCUCUCUCUCUCUCUCUCUCUCUCUCUCUCUCACACACACAAUGCUGAGGAUCGCCGCGCUACUUGCGCUACUGCUUUGCGCCGCCGGCGACGUCGUCGUUGCAUCCAUCUCCGGCGGAUUAUUACCGAAUGGCAACUUCGAAUAUGGCCCCAAGCCAUGGCAGAUGAAGGGGACCAAGGUCAUUUCGGAAAACGCAAUUCCGAAUUGGAAAAUAUCUGGAUUUGUGGAGUUCAUAAAAUCGGGUCAAAAACAAGGGGACAUGAUCCUGAUCGUGCCGGAGGGAGCCUUCGCCGUCCGUCUGGGGAACGAGGCGUCAAUCCGGCAAAGGGUCAAGGUCAAAGCGGGAAUCUACUACUCCGUCACUUUCAGCGCCGCCCGCACGUGCGCCCAGGAGGAGCGGCUCAACGUCUCUGUCGCGUCGGUCGCCGGAAAACCCAGACCCCUCGACACCGGGAUCCUCCCGAUGCAGACAAUGUACAGCAGCACAGGCUGGGACUCCUACUCCUGGGCAUUCCAAGCGGGUCAACCCGAAAUUGAUAUCCUGAUUCACAAUCCGGGUUCGGAAGAGGAUCCGGCUUGUGGCCCGCUCAUCGAUUCUGUCGCAUUGAAGCCACUCUAUCCUCCCCGCCGCACCAGUGCAAAUCUUCUGAAGAAUGGAGAUUUGGAGGAAGGUCCGUAUGUGCUCCCCAACACAACAUGGGGCGUUCUGAUUCCACCCAACAUCGAGGACGACCACUCCCCCCUCCCCGGCUGGAUCAUUGAAUCGCUCAAAGCCGUCAAGUAUAUAGAUUCCGAACACUACGCCGUGCCCGCCGGCGAGCGGGCGGUGGAGCUCAUCGCCGGCAAAGAGAGUGCCAUUUCGCAGGUCGUGCGGACCACCCCCGGCCGACUCUACGCCCUCACCUUCGCUGUAGGUGACGCCGGCGACGCCUGCGUUGGGUCCAUGGCGGUGGAGGCGUACGCCGGGAAGGGCGCCGUUCAGGUGCUGUACGAGUCCAAGGGCAAGGGCGGGUUCAAGCGGGCGGUGCUGCGGUUCCAGGCGACGAAGGCGCGCACCCGGAUCACUUUCUGGAGCACGUUCUACACCAUGAAGAACGACAACUCCGGAUCCCUGUGUGGCCCUGUGAUCGAUGAUGUGAAGCUGCUCAGUGUCCGUACGCGGCGCCAUGCUUGACUGAUUGAGAUGAUUGAUUUGGAUUAAUUAGUUAAUAUUGGUUCUGCAACUUUUUGAUCGCCAUUGUUAUAAUUUGUAAUUUGGAUAUUCAAGAUCUCUGCUGGGUUUAUUGUAUUGUAUUUUUUUUUUAUAGAAUUACGGAUUGGUAUUCACGUGUCCGUUUUACGGUCCAUGUAACUAAUUCUACGCCCAUUGAAGUUGAUCCCAUAAUUUUAAAGGGAUGGUAAA